AGGAAGGAAGCGAAGAUGCGAGAAGAUCGCGAAUUAAAAGAGGGGGAAGAGGUGGGGACAGCUGAGCUUAUAAGACACCAGAGCACAGCCUUCGAGACCAAUAGUCGCAAAACGGUUAACGCGUGGUGUGCACAAGAAACAUUCUGCCGAAGAGCUUUACGAAAAACGAACUAUCGCUUUCGCACGACCGAUCUCGACCGGAUAAUCGAACACGGAAAUUUCGAGGAACCGCGUACGACCGAUCAAUCUUCCUUCGAGGAAGAAAAAACGCUGACGACUGAGUGGCUGGAGUCUAUCUACCAGCGAACCAGUGAUAACGUUGGGUGGUAAAAAUCACGAAACGACAGAUCGAAUUUUGUCGCGGCUAACGUAUCAACGUUACCACACGACACGAGAGAUCGUUCAAGGAAUUUUUCCUGUGACCACGAACGACUACUAGUUGAAUAUCUAGAAGAA